AUGUCGCACGAAACCGUCUGGUACUCUCGCCCGCGCACCUACGGCAAGGGCGCACGAUCAUGCCGCGUCUGCACACACAAGGCCGGUCUCAUUCGCAAAUACGGGCUCAACAUCUGCCGUCAGUGCUUCAGGGAGAAGUCGACUGAUAUCGGCUUCACCAAGAACCGAUAG